AUCACGUAAUGCUGCUGCUUACGAGGCCUAGCUGCGCUCUGCAGCCCGCGCGCGGCAGCCCGACCAAGCUUGCACUUUCAGCGAAAGCCAUGGCUACGACCUCAAGCUCGCCGCUGAUGCCCAAGGAGCGAGUCGAGCUUCUCGAUAGAGCAUGGUCGGAGGCUGCGGAGCUGUACUUGAAGGAGCUCGCUCCGCGCUUUGACCCCUGGUUCCAACUGGCAGUCGGCGAGCUGAAGUCGCACACGCUGCCGCCGGGCCCCGUCCUCGUGCCCUGCUGCGGACCCGGCCAGGAGCUGCUGCCACUCCAUGCUCUGUACGGCGGCCAGCGGCGGGUGGUGGGGCUGGACCUGUCGCAGGGCAUGAUCCGACUGGCCCGCGCCGCCAUCGCCUCGGCCUCGGGGGCCGCCGCAGCCAACACCGGCAGCAGUAGCGGUGCUGUUGGCUGCGGAACCCCGCAGCAGCAGCAGCAGCAGCAGCAGCAGCCGGUGGAGGCGGUGGUGGCGGACGCCUCGGCGCUGGACGCGUUCGGGCCGGCGGCAGCAGUGGUGUCGGUGUUCGGGCUGCAGCAGAUGAGCGCGAUGGCACCAGCGGCGCUGGCGAACUGGGGCCGGUGCCUAGCGCCGGGCGGGGUGGCGGUAGUGGUGCUCUGGCCCUCGCGAGUGGAGGACCGCGGGCCCUGGCUCACAUUUGACCAGGUGAUCCUGGAGAAGACGGCGGUGGACAAGGGCCAGCCGCCGCCGCCGCCUGAUGCCGCCCGUGUCGCCGAGCCGCUGGCCUGGGAGUUGGCGCUGACGGAGCCACUGAGGGCGGAGGAGGCGGCGGCGGCGGAGGAGGAAGCGGUGGAGCGUGUGCAGGGCGCGGCGGCGGUUGGCGUGGAGGUGCUGGCUGACCGGCUGCAGGCGUUCGACAUGACGUGGCCGUCCGCCGAGUUCUUCUGGAAGGUGAUGACGGAGGGCGGCCCCUGGCGGGCGCGGCGGUUGGCGCAGGGCGAGGCCGCCAUGACCGACCUGGCCAACCGCUUCGCCGCAAAGUACGGCGGCAUGGGGUCGGAGCAGUACGGCAGUGCGCCGCUGUCGCACCGGCCGGCGGCGCGGGUGGUGGUGCUGCGGCGGCGGGGCGGCGUGGGUGGCGGUGGUAGCAUGGAGGGGCGGGUGGCGGCGGCGGCAUUGCCAGCGGCGGUGGCACAACAGCGGCAGGCACAGGGGCGCGGAGAGCUGUCGGCGUUGUGAGCGAGCGUGAGGCAAAUGAUAUGUGGGUGGUUUUGUCCGUAUAGCCGUGUGGCGCAACGCUCAACGGGGGUUGGUUUAUGGGCCAGUGUGGUGACUGUCAAUUUCACUGUCACGACCGCUUGCGUGGUGCCAGGCCGUCUCCCCGACGAACGGAACUGAGUUUGUGCUUAGGUGUUAAGAAGGCAUUUCGACUCACUGUGACUAAUUAGGCUUUGAUGCAGGGUGUCAUGUGGCCAUGGUGCUUGGGCGCGGGUGCUGAGGCUUGGAUGGGGCAGAGAGCGGGACUCGUGUAUCGUAACAACGGGAUGGUGGCGGACUCUGUGGGCCGGAGAUGGUCUCUCAUCAGACUGUCUCUUCUUGUACAGUUGUACUACUGUCGCUCGCAUUAAUUUGCAGCCGUUGCAAUCAACCACAAUUGUC